AUGGAGUCCUAUGAUGUAACCUUUGAUGAAUCAACCUCUUGUGCUAGCCUUGUUCUUGAGUUUGCAGAUGAUCAAGAGAUGAGCAAAAGCCUCUUCGUAGAUGGCGACCUUUCAGCUCUCGGUGAUGAUGAGAAUGAUCCACUACUUCCUACUAUUACACCUACUUUAGAGCUAGCUCCUACUUCUUCUACACUAGUAGAGAGUCCUAUAGCCUCUACUUUCACUUCAGUUGCUUUCGAGUCUGCACCAGCUGCGUUUGAGGGGGAGAUUGUCUCACAGUUCACCAAUUUUCCAUUCUGGAAUUUCAAACUACAAAAGCUCUUCGCAAGAAAGAAAAUCGGUAGGACAAAGAUAGAUUCCAAGAAAAAUGAUGAUCUAACUGGUGAUGUAGAGGAGAAGGAGCUAUAUGUUGAACGUAUACGACUUGAAACAAUGGAAUUAAGCUUGCAGAACUUAAUUGGCAAGGUCGCAAUUCAAGAGCCUACUUUUGAAGAAGUGAUUGUCUUGUACAGGAGGAAAAGUCCCAAGGGCCAGAAUGAUAGAGCAAUCCAUGUAAAACACUUCAAAAAUAUUCCAAUGGCAGAUAUGGAGUUGGUUCUGCCUGAGAAGAAAAACCCAAGCCUCACACCAAUGGAUUGGGUUCAAUUUAUUGUUUCUGUUGUUAUCGGACUUGUUACACUCAUCAGUUCACUGGAAAUACCUAAAGCUGAUUUCUGGGUUGUGAUUGCCAUCCUCUCUGCUCUGGCAGGAUAUUGUGCCAAGAUCUAUUUCUCGUUUCAACAGAACAUGGCAACCUAUCAAAACCUAAUCACUCAAUCAAUGUAUGACAAACAACUAGAUAGUGGGAAAGGCACUCUCCUGCACCUCUGCGAUGAUGUGAUUCAGCAGGAAGUCAAGGAGGUCAUAAUAGCCUACUAUAUUUUGAUGGAAAAUGGAAAGGCUACCAAUGAUGAUCUUGACUUGCAAUGCGAAGAGUUGAUCCAGGAAGAGUUUGGCUUGCAAUGCAAUUUUGAGGUGAUGGAUGAUGUUCGAAAGCUGGAGAGGCUUGGUAUCAUUACAAUAAUUAUCGGACAAGACUAG